AUGAUUGAGUUUGCUAAAUUAUCAAAACAAGAAAAAGAGAAAUAUCUUAAAUUUUUAGUUGAUAAUAAGAUUGAAUUUUAGUAAUCUGAUUAAGGAUUUACUGCAAGUUUCAAAGUAUAAAAUAAAGAAAAUGUGGAUCCAACUCGAAAAUCAAUAGAAUAAAUAAAAAGAGCAUCACCUUAUUUGAAAACACCAACAAGAUCAGUAUCACCAUUAAGAAGAAAAUUUACAAGAGAAGAUGCAAUAAAUUUGAUUUAAGAGAUUUAUUCAAAGAAAUUUGAUGAUGCUUCAAAGUAAUUAAAGAUGAAAAAUAUUGUAAAUGAAGACUUUGGUGUAUAUGUGAUGAGAUUUGCUUAGAAUAAAUAGAUUGAUAUAAAGGAUUGUAUGCAAAUUUAGGAUGAAAAUGUGUUUCUUUUUAAAAAGUUUUUGCAAAAAGAAUAUGAGGAAGAAGAUUUGAUGUAUUAUUUAUUUUUAAGGGCGAUAGUAGAAAAGGAAAUUGGGUAAUAAAUAUAUUAAUCUCGAAAGAGUUUGGAUCUUUAAAAAUAAUAUCUAAGCAGUUAUUAAGUUUAAAGUAUAAUAUGUACAGUUUAUGAAAACUAAAUAGAUGAAGUUUAGGAUUUAUUGGAAUAUUUUAAGAAUAAUUUUGAGAAUAAUAAGAUAAGUGCAUUUAAUUUUAUGGGUUUAGCAUUGGAUAAAUAUAAUAAGGAUAGAAAACCAUAAGAUAAGAAGGUAUUAAUAAGUGAAUUUGUGAUAAAUGAAUUAUAGAAAUUCUUUUAUAAAGAAAUUGAAGAAUGUAGUGAUGAAUUAUUUGAUAAAGUGAAAUAGAUAGUGAAUGAUUUGUUAUAAAGUAUAUACAGAAAUGAUAAGAGAAUUUGGAUAAAUAGAGUUCAGUGUGCAAAACCAGAAGAUGUUUAAUAUUUGGAAGGAUUAUAAAAGUAAUUUAAAAAUAUAACAGGGAGUAAAGAGGAAAUCAAAUAAUUAAGUAGAAAGAUAUUAUAAACACCUUAAUUGAGUAAAUGUUUUGGAAAACUAUUAGAAUGA